AAGCCGAGAACAUCGAACCAUGAAGUCAAGAAUCAUCAAUAAAUAUAGACAAAAAUUGAAGCUUUUUCCAUUGCUACAAUUAGUAUAAAAUUGAAGUAUAAUCAUUCUUCAGAGAGAUUUUCUAUGCUGAGGUUCAAGAUUUUGCAGGAAGUUUCUCAAAAUAUGGAGAAAACCAAUUUCAGAACAAGACCUCUCUUUUUCAGUUGCUCAUUUCUUGGCUUUCUAUUGAUAUUACUUAGCACAAUUUGUGUCUGCAGUGCAGCAGAGAGUGAUUUUUAUUGCUUGAAAUCGAUAAAAGAUUCAUUACAAGAUCCUUUCAAUUCUUUGGGCUCCUGGGAUUUCAGAAAUGCUAUCGAAGAUUCCAUAUGUCAUUUUGCAGGAAUUCAAUGCUGGCAUGAUUAUGAUAAUAAGGUAAUGAACCUCAGACUUUCAAACUUAGGACUAAUAGGUGAGUUUCCUCGAGGGAUUCAAAAUUGUACAAGCUUGACAGGUUUAGAUCUUUCUGGCAACAAGUUGUAUGGAACUAUCCCUUCUAAUAUUUCAGUAAUAGUUGAACAUGUUACAACACUUGAUCUCGGAAGUAACCUAUUUUCUGGCAAUAUACCGCCUGAUAUAGCUAAUUGUGCAUACCUUAACUUUCUAAUGUUGGACAACAAUAAUCUAAGAGGUGAAAUUCCAAGAAGAAUAGGAUCUUUGCCUCGCCUUGAGAUAUUCAGUGUAGCCAACAAUUACUUGACUGGGUCAGUGCCAUCAUUUGUUAACGUACAAAUCACAGCUGACAGUUUUGCAAACAAUUCUAGGCUUUGUGGGAAGCCCUUGAAAGAAUGUGAGUAUUCUGAGGACUUUGAGGAUUCUUGGAUAUGGAAACAUAUUGAUUAUGCUUCAUUCAUCCAAGCAUUUGUGGUCGGUUUAGUACUUUUCUAUGCAUUAGUUUUAGUAUUUUGCUUAUUUCAAUUUCCUACCAAGGCUAUCAACAAGAUCGUUUCAUUGAACAAAUCGAAGCUGAGGAGAAAGGAACAUUUAAGUCCACGAAGUGAUUCACCAGGUGACGAGGAAUUAAGCAGCCACCAGAAGGUAAAGAUUUUGCUAGCCUUUCAGCUUUUCCCCUCUGCACUGUUAGCUACAUAUUUGUUGCUGUAGUUCUAGUUUAGUGAUUGGUCAUUGCAAAUCCAUCAUGAUACAUAUAUAUUCUUGACUGGAGAACUGAAUGGAGGCAAAACUUUUUAUUCGAUGAUUGAUGAGUAUACAUGUUAUUUUAGCAAUUCAUCCACACAAAAGAGGGGGUGAAUU